GAGCCAAACUCCCUUUAGCCGCAGCUGGUUACACGUGAAAAGAUGGCAUGCCUGUUGCUCAUCCUAAUUUCUUUACUGGGUCUGGUUAGUCAUUCAGAAGGAAAACUAGAAGUAUUAAAUAAUGUUUACAUUGUUGAAUCAAAUUGGCCAAAUUCUGCAGCACCACCUGAGAAAUUAACACUCGCCUGCAGUACAUCUGAGGAGCAACAUCCAUCCGUUUAUUGGAUGAAAGAUCAGAAAUGGAAAGGAAAUGGCAUGAAUUUAGAAAUAAGUGUCAAGGAGCCCCUGGAUGCUGGCAACUACACCUGUAGGAGUAACGCCACACAUGAUAUUUUAAGUUACAGUACUGUGUAUAUUCAGAAGAUAAAUGACAAAGGGGAAAUAGCUGAGCCAAUUCUCAUUGGUUUUAAAGACAAUGGACUUUAUUUCAAAUGCACAGCAAACAAUUACUCUGGGCACUUCCAGUGCUUUUGGACACCACACAUCCGGAUUUCACCUUUGCAGUUCAAAAUUAAGGUAACUUCAGAAAAUGCAGUUUGUGAUGAGCCCGUGAAGAAUUCCAUGGGAGAGGGGUACUCUACUUCCUGCAAAAAAGGAAAUCUCUGCCCAUCUACUGAGGAGUACGAACAAACUGGGAUAGUUCUAGAAGUUUUCCAUGGAUUUGUAUAUGAAAGACAUAUUCACUACUUCUUCAUCAAAGACAUCUUAAAGCCUGAUAUUCCUGAGUGCCAAAUUGACAACAGCAAUGUAGUGACUUGGACACCACCCAAAACCUGGAGCACUCCAGUUACUUACUAUGGGCUGACGUAUCAAAUCAAGACUGUUCAGCAUGACUCUAAAGACAAGAUUUGUGAGGUUGAUAAUAGUGUGCUGCUCCAAAAUGGAAACACCUUACGCUGCUACAAGCGAGAGUGCAAAUAUAAACACUGCUUUAUUCGUGCCAGGGAUCGCUACAACAAAAAUUCUUCUUGGAGCAAUUGGUCUCCGCCUUGCAGCAGGAAAUUCCCCAAGAAUGACAAACCACACAUCAAGGAGGAGAAAACCAAAAUAGAACCAUGCAAGUGUCAGAAGAACUGAAGCUGAAAACCUGCAGAAGAUGUGCAUUUAAUGAAUUACUAUUUAUAGUUGUUAUUUAUUAUUAUUAUUUAUUCAGUUUGUCUGCCGUUUUUCCACACAUUUAUUUCAUUUAUCACCUACAGAUACAAGCAGAUUUAAAAUUGAAUGCUGCCUUUAUCAUUUCUUGUUGUUCUCAAGGAGAGCAUAGUUUAAACUGUAACACGUUCCACCUAGAACGAAUAUCUUGUCGUAAUGAAGGCAAAUGGCUAACCAUUUCUCACCUACAGAAAUUAUGAGAGUAAGUUCCAUUGGAAUUAGUGGUAUUUCCCCAAGAAAUGUAUUAAGCAUUUGUGGCUUCAGUUACUCUGUACCAGCCAUUUUCAUUUUUAAACAUGUAACCAGGAACCUCCGUGGUGCAGAGUGGUAAGCGGCAGUAAUGCAGCCGAAGCUCUGAUCACAACUGGAGUUCAAUUUCAACAGAAGGAGGAAGUCGAAUCUCGGGUAAAAGGGGUCGAGGUCCACUCAGCCUUCCAUCCAUUCAUGGUCAGUAAAAUUAGUACCCGGCAUAUGCUGGGGGGUAAAGAAAGGCCGGGGAAGGAACUGGCAAUCCCACCCCAUAUAUACAGUCUGCCUAGUAAACGUCGCAAGACGUCACCCUAACAGUCGGAAAUGUCUCGCACUAUAAGUGGGGGACACCUUUACCUUUUUUUAACCAGGAACAAAAGUAAGCUACUAAAUGAACAAGCUAAUUUUUAUGAAAUAAUAAUAAUAUGCACAUAGCCUUUGCAUGUACAAAUGAACACAUGGAUAGGACUACACCAAUGGGAAUCACUCUCACAGGUACACCCAAAGUGCAUAUCCUCUCUAUGAGAUUAUGUGCAGCAAAAUGGAUGGCCAGCACACUGCCACCAUAGGCAUAGCUUGUGCCUGUUGGCUUUUAGAAUGUAUCUUAUUUUUUAUUGUUUUAUUAUUUCAAUCAUUUUGAGCAAGACGUAGGAUAAUGGGUCAUCCGUGACUGAAUCUGCAAGGUGACUCCUAAACUCUUACAUAUAUAUUAACUAUUAUAUAUUAACUUAUUUUUAUUCAUAUGGAUAUAAGCUCUAAAUAAUGGAUUUUCUA